AUGAUGGUGGUCACUUUUCGAGUGGUCGUCGCCAUCACUCUGGUUUUCGCUUUAUUUCUCGUGAAGAACCAUUUAAGCUCCAUUGACGAUCAAUGGCAGUCGCAAUCCGGUCGCAGCGCUGGUCGCAGCGCGCAAAUUACUUGGAGAGAUGCGGGCGCCCGUAUUGAGCUGGUCUCGGGCGAUGAUCACAUUUCUAGUUCCCCUAUUCCAUCUGUCCACGCGACACCUACCCCGUCCUCUACUCCCACGGGAAGUUCAUACGAGGAGCCUACUGGUAAACCGGUUGCGGUUCCUAGAUUUGAACCCCAACAGAUUCCCGUGGAAGUCCCCGGGGAAGUGGAAGAUGACUAUGAUUUUUGGUUGGAUGAUUAUCUUGAUGAGUUGGACAAUGAUCUGGGGAGAUAUGGGCAUAAUCAGAUGCCGGAUCCAAGGCCUCCACCACCUCAAGUGCCGAAAUUGGAAGAUCGCAUCAUUGUACUGGGGAGAAUGUCGUGGGAAGAUUCGGACUGGUUGGACUAUGAGUUGCCAGAAUGGCCAAGUGCAGUCUACGUUGUCGACGACCCAGAUGCUGAGCUUACAGUCGAAGAAAACAAAGGAAAAGAAAGCAAUAUCUAUCUCCAAUAUAUUCGCGACAACUACGAUGACUUACCCGAAUACAUGGUCUUCCUACACGCCCAUCGUACCAGCUCACAUGUGGAAUUCGACGAGCAAGACAAUGUUCUAACAGUGCAACGACUACAAUUGGACUACGUCAAACAAAUGGGAUACGCCAAUCUACGCUGCGAUUGGGGUCCGGGAUGUCCGGAUGAGGUCUACCCUUUCCGGCAAAUGGCUGAGCGCACAACGGAAAUUGCAUUCGCAGGUGCAUGGAUCGGUAUCUUCAACAACACAGAUAUUCCAGAGGUGGUUGGAACACCUUGUUGUGCUCAAUUUGCCGUUACGCGGGAACAAGUACACGCCCGUCCAUUGAGUGACUAUGAGCAUUAUCAUACCUGGCUCAUGGAGACGGAAUUGGAUGAUGAGACCAGUGGACGUGUUUUUGAAUAUCUGUGGCAUAUUAUCUUCGGGCAGGAUCCCGUCUCUUGUCCAGCUAAAGCGCAGUGCUAUUGGGAUGUAUAUGGGAUGGAAUAUGUGGAGCCGCCAGUUCCCGAUUGGAUAUCCGAUAAUCCAUUUCUCAGCAUGGGGAACUAUGAUGACGAAUUUGGAGAAUUGGACUUUGAUGAUGAGAACCAGGACGAGAUUGAAAAUGAGGAUGAGGAGGACCCAUUCGACCUUGAUGGUCCUUUGGAUGACUUGGAUCUCGAUGAUUCUCCGUCAGAAUCCAUGGUUGUCAACGUCAGCGAACCUGAUCUGCGACAGAAUCAAUACGGAAGCCCAUAG